GUUAGCUUCUGUCCAUACUUCAGCUCUUAUCGAUCAGGGCUCGAGAUCAAGCGUGGAAAGGAGCUGCUGUCACAUCCCUCUCUGUCUCUCUCCCUGUGUUAGCUAGCUCCACUCUGUGCAGCCAGCAAAGGUGGAAAAAUAAUGUCUGCAGCUGGAGUCAGUGCUGCGGGCUGAACGCUCGGCUGAAGCUGAAAAGGAGCGUCUGUGAUGAGCCACCAUGGUCCAGCUGAACUCAGAUCUGAUCGCUAAAUCUAGAACCCACUUCAAAAAGAAAAGGGGCCUCUCCCUCCCAGACUACCUCAAGACACUUACGCACCUUAACUUCUCCCACAAGAACAUCGAAGACAUUGGUGAUGUCUCCAUGUGCAGAAACCUCACUGUUCUGUACCUGUAUGACAAUCAGAUCACAAACAUCUGCAACCUCGGCUUUGCCUCCAAACUCACCCAUCUGCAUAUGCAGAACAACAACAUCGCUCAUAUAGACAAUCUGUCCAAUCUGCAGAGGCUCUCCAAACUGUAUCUGAGUGGAAACAGGAUCACAGUGGUGGAGGGAUUAGAGCAGCUCCGGGAGCUCAAGGAGCUUCAUCUGGAGGAUCAGAAGCUGGCACCAGGGGAAAAGUUGCUCUUUGACCCCCGGACUCUCCUUUCACUCGCUGAAUCUCUUUGUGUCCUGGAUAUCAGUAACAACAACAUUGAUGAUAUCAGUGACCUGGCAGUGCUGAGGGAAAUCCAGACUUUUUCUGCUGCUGACAAUGAAUUACACAACAUGGAGGAGUUAGAGGAUGUGUUUGGCUUCUGGCCUCAGCUGCUUCAGAUGGAUCUGAGAGGAAAUCCUGCGAGUAAAAAACGAAAGUACAGAGAUCGUCUGAUCAUCGCAUGCAAAAGUCUCGAGGUUCUUGAUGAAAGGGACAUUAGUGAGGUAACCAGACAGUUCCUCAUUAACUGGAAAACAUCCAAAGAGGCCAAGAAGAAAAAACACAACACUCUCAUGCUGCCUGGACCGUUGAGCUCUGAUCCCUUCACAAACGACUUUUACACGGCUCAGCGUCCACAUCCCGGUCACAUCUACAGCCAUAACAUGCAGAGGUUGAAGCCACAGCAGUCUCUCAGCUCCACUGCCAUCGAUCCCACAGAUCUCAGCUGACAACACUGAAGAUUCCUAUGAGGGGGCUUCACAAGGUGGCAAAUGCACUGAGGACAAAUGCACUGAGGACAAACCCACCGGUCCGAUGAACUGUCCACCCCCAACCCCGAACUAACAGAGCUACUGCUUUAUUUACUGUUCAAUUCAGCUGCAGAUCUUUUAAUAUAGUCGGUGUCAUGCACUUGGUAUGAGCUCCAUAGCUGUUACGUCAUUGCAGCCCUUGACCUAUUGGAUUAUAUCGUCUGCCUUAUCUAGUUUCCAAAAAAUAUUGUCACAUGUUCACAUGUUUUGAUUUAACCUUGGUCUUCACUAGAUCAGCAUCGUUAUAAAUGUAGGUUUAAACAACAAAAUAAUAAAUUGU